AUGGACAUGCCACUCAUUCCCUAUCCUUUUACUCUUCUGUUCCUCACAUUUCUAGUCUUUUAUAAUAUGAAUCCGGGAUUCAGAUACUUCUGCAAGAUGUCCUUCUAUAAGUUGUGGUUUUUCGUCAUUGUUAUUAUCCUGAGUAUUCCUCGUGGACAUAAUGUGAAAAACAUCAAAUAUUUUCAAAAGAUGUUACUGCCCCUCAAAUAUAUCUUUGGUAUCAAGAUAGUGGUGAAGGGCAAGGAGAACCUCAGAACUAAGAAGCCUGCAGUACUUGUGUUGAAUCACCAGAACUCCCUUGACGUUAUGGAGACGACAGAGAUACUACCAAGUCACUGUGUGCCCAUUGCAAAGAAGGAACUCCUAUACACAAGUCCUUUUGGCCUGGCAUGCUGGCUUUCAGGCAUAAUUUUUUUAGGGAAGUGUGUUACAGGGUCAGUCAUUCCCAAACUGCUGAUGGUUAGGAUCUUCACUGGGAAAAGCACCAGCCAGAUUCUGCCAGAAGUGGAAACCAUUGGCCUGGGCCCAGAUGAUGUUCCCAAGCUCACCGAGCAAUGCAUGCUUGCUGCCCAUCAGGGGAUAUCAGGAAUGACAAAUGGGACUUCCCACUAG